CUUUGAUUUCCUUUGUCACUGACAUUUUGUAGCUGAUACCAAAAAGAAAAAUAUUGGAGGUGAAGAUAUACAUAUUAGAGAAACGGAAGUAAAGGAUGUGUUGUCAGACAAAAGUAUAGAAAUCGCUAAAGAAGCUGACAUUACUCGAUGUUAUUGUGGUCUUAGUCAUGAUGACGAUUUUAUGAUACAGUGCGAUGUAUGCAAUGUAUGGCAGCAUGGUAAAUGUAUGGGUAUUUGUCGGCGUCGCGUUCCUGAAGUCUAUAAAUGUGAGGAGUGUAGCCCACGAGUACUGAAACUUAGUAAAACUCAAGCACGGCAGAUUCAAUUAAAAGUGCUUGCUGAGCAGCGUAGGGAAAAGGAGAAAGAAAUUCGUCAGAAAACAAAGAGAAGUUAUACGAGAAAAAUGUUCACUAGUAUGACUGGUAUAAAUGAAUACGAAACUUCUGAUUAUAAAUUAGUUCACAUUCAGGGUGAUUUUGCUACGUUAGAAGCACUGCGCAGUGGUGCCGGUGUAAGUGUCAUGUAUGUCACAACUGUUUCAAUGGGACUAGUUUCUACUAGAUCAUACGUGAACGGCGAAGCUGUUAUAUAUGUGUGUGGACGUGUGUCGCUUCCAAGUGAAUGUGUUGGUAGGAAAAAUCCAGGGACUAUUAUUCCUUUCGUUACAUUGUAUAGUGACUUGGUACCUGAAGGUGCAAAUGAAUCUAUUCCUAUCUGUAUCGAUGCUCGUAAUUUUGGAACCAAUGCACGUUUCGCACGAAUGUCAUGUCGACCAAACAUCUCAUUACGUCACUUUUUUUUAAAUGGAAGACUUCAUAUCAUCGGUAUAGCAGCUGAAGAUAUUGAACGUGGUGAAGAGAUUACGGUUCCGUUUGAUGCCGAUUAUUUCAUGUCAAAAGAAAAGCUAAAUUGUGCAUGCGCAGGGGAGGAUGAAGAUGGUGAGAUUCGAGAUGAAGCAGAAAACGUGGUUAGUUCAGAUUUUAUGGUGUUUUGGUGA